UAAUAAAACCUCGGUCAUCUGAAAUCCGCAUGAAAAUACCAUCGUUCAGAAGUUCAAGAUGGAGACGAAGCCUGCAAAAGUGACUUUGAAAACUACCAUGGUAUUCAACAAGUUUUAUCCGUGUUUCUUUCUGUUGAUUGUGUAUUUCUUAUUUAUUUAAUGUUCUUUGAUCAUAGGGCGAUGUAACUAUAGAGUUAUACUGGCGACAUGCCCCUAGAACUUGCAAAAACUUUGCUGAUUUGGUAGGCAAUACAUUUUUAUAUAAUUUUUUUUUAUUUAUUUAUUUUUUUAUUAGUUUUACAAUAAGAAAUUGAAGGCACAGACAACAGGACUAAUAAAGUCCCAAAUUAAGUCCUAAAUAAUAAUAUUAAGUCUUAAUUGAUAUAUACUAAAGCAUAGUACAUGAGGUGGGAGAGGGGGCAGCCCACCUCGUCAGUAUUUACACUUGCAGUUUUUGAUGCGGUUUUAGGCACAAUUAUUUUCUUCUGAUAGAUGUGAAUGAGUUACGAAUGUUCAAAUGAGGGUAUAUGUAUCAGGGCUGCAAAUUACUGUCGGACAUCGGACAAUGUCCGACUAAAUUUGGCAAAUGUCCGAGCAAAAGUAAUUUUGAUCGGACAUUAGUCAGAUCACAAAAAAAUUGUCACAUUAUACAUUUUUUUGCUCUGACAAAAUCCAAUUGCAAAUUCACUCAAUUUGCAUUUUGCAAUAAAAUUUACGAGGCAUUCUAGCAUUUUACUUAACGUUGCGCCGAAAUGGCUAUACAUACUUGUCUCGUGACUUAUAUAUAUCUUGUGACGUAUAUAUGUCCGACCAAAUUUAGUGAUUUUGUUUUUUGUCAAAUAUUUAUUUGCAGCCCUGUGUAUACUCAGAACAUUCAUAACUCACCUACUUGUUCACAUGCAUCACAAGAAGAAAAUCACAAACAAGCCUUUAAUAAAGGUGACUAAACAUCCUAAUGAAGUUCCUUCUUUGAAAUGUUGAGACCUUUCCAGGUAUUUCAGACACCCGCAUAAUUUAUUUUUACUAUUUAGGCACGUCGAGGUUAUUACAAUAAUAUCAAAUUUCACCGAGUUAUAAAGGUAUAUGAUAUUGCGUCAUGUUAUGAGUGCUUGGACGUUUGAAUAACCAAACAAAUACUUUGUUUAGGAUUUCAUGAUUCAAGGUGGUGAUCCGACUGGGACAGGCCGAGGGGGAGCAUCGAUAUAUGGGUAAAUGACUUACUUGUAUAACUAGGUGCAUGCACCUUUAAUUCUUGUUCAAGUUCCUAUGUUUCCUGCAUAAUUUCACGUAUGUCACUUGUGAGUUUCACUUUGCAAGAUGGUCUUUACACUGGACCUCCAGGGAGAACUCAUAGAGUUUAUAUUAAGCAAAAUUGAAAUUGGUCAGUUCAUUGUUUUUAGACCUACAUUUGAAGAUGAACUUACCAGAGAACUAAAGCAUACAGGUGCUGGAAUAUUAUCAAUGGCAAACAGGUAAUAUUUACUUCUUUUGUCCUUGCAUUUUUGCCAUUUGAAUUUAGAAUAAUGCUUAGUCAAUAACAUAGUCAUGCUUAUCAAGUUGACAACAUAAAUUAAUGUUAUAAUUGCUUUUUCAUAGUGGUCCAAAUACCAAUGGUAGCCAGUUUUUUAUCACCUUAGCACCAACACAAUGGCUAGAUGGUAAGAUGAAUAUAUGCUAACAUUACCACUAUGUUUUCACAUACAUUUAGAAAGUAAAUUAUAUAAAUUGUGGUUAGAGCUCGACAACUGACCUCUGUAGCUUGAUCAGUUGGUUAGAGUGCUGCACUGAAAUCACAAGGGCGCAGAUUCGAUUCCUGCCAGCUAUAAAGGGCUAGCUUGUAGUUGCAUUUUUGCAACUGCUGCUGGUUAGGUUUAAUAAAUGUGUUUAAUAAAUGUGUUUAAUUCAGAAAUUUCCAUCUAUGAAACCCUUCGACUUACAGGUAAACACAGUAUAUUUGGGAGAGUCAGUGAAGGUAUGGAGGUUGUUAAAAGAAUUGGUCUUGUUGCCACUGACGACGAUGAUAGGUGAGUGGUGAUAUUGAAACCAACGAAGUUUUUAAACUACAGAUGAAAAGUAAUCUGUUGUCACUAAGCAGUACUAAUUUACUGAUUUUACUUGCAUUUUCUAGGCCUGUUGAAAAUGUUUUUAUAAUGAACACAACCCAAUAACCUAUUGUAAAUGCUGUAUGUAUAUAUUUUUUAAUAAAUUUAAUUCCAUA